GUUGGAAACAGUCUAGUACCAUAUCAACACACAGCCAUGAACGGUGGAGACGGUCCAUCAAGUUAUGCUCGCAACUCUUCCUAUCAGAGGGGAGCCAUUGACGCCGCUGAAGCACUCCUUAGGAAGGAGAUCCAGAACCGGCUUGACCUCACCAACCAUUCCUUGUCUUCAUUUACCAUCGCUGACUUUGGAUGCUCCUCUGGCCCCAACACCCUUCUUGCUGUAGACAUCAUCAUUCAAGCCCUCCACCAAAAGUUCAGCUCUUCUAUGCCUAAUGCUCAAACCCCUGAGUUUCAAGUCUUCUUCAACGACCUCUCUCAAACUGAUUUCAAUGCACUCUUUGCUUUGCUCCCUCCUCAACCUCCCUAUUUCGUUGCAGGUGUCCCCGGCUCUUUCUAUGGAAACUUGUUUCCCAAGGCAUAUCUCAAUUUGGCAUACUCCUCUUGCGCCCUCUGCUGGCUCUCCGACUUGCCCCCCGAGAUAAUUGACACAACCUCUCCUGCUUAUAACAGAGGCAGGAUUCACUACACGGGGGCAUCAGCAGAGGUUGCGCAAGCCUACUCCAGUCAGUACAAGAAGGAUAUCAAGUCGUUUCUGCUUGCAAGGUCACGGGAGCUAGCGGAAGACGGGUUGAUGGCACUGAUCGUGCCCGGUGUACCAGAUGGGUUUCUGGAACCUCAGGCUUCAACAGGAUCCGAGUUUGAUUUGUUAGGCUCAUGCCUCAUGGACAUGGCCAGAGAGGGAAGAAUAAAGGAGGAGGAGGUAGACAGUUUCAACCUGCCCAUAUAUUACACAACUCCAAAGGAACUGGAAGAAAUCAUCAGAAGCAACAAAGAGUUGAAACUCGAGAUGAUGGAGACACUCGAGGGUAUGAACGCACAAGGCACCAUGCCUGACCUCGAGUCGAGGGUUCUGUACCUCAGAGCGGUGCUGGAAGGUCUCAUCCGCACACACUUUGGCCACCAAAUCCUCGAUGACCUCUUUGAUCGCUACUCCCUCAAACUUGCACAUUCCUCUUUCAUCCUCCAUCCUCAAACACACAAAUCGAUCAUGAUCUUUACCCUUCUCACUCGCCGUCGUUACAUUUGA